UUUUUUUUUGAAGGGGGAGGGGGGGCGAUCGUGUGAUCGACUGUCUCUGUCCUUCUCUCGGUUAUGUUUUUCUGGCCUUGUCUUAUGUGGUGGCAGCGAUUCUGGGCAAUUCGUAGCGGAGACUGGAAAUUAUUCUAGUCUAAUGGACGUGCGGAUCCGCUACAGUGUUAUGCUCCAUCCAGCCGACUGGGAUGCAAAGACGAUCAUUUCAUUCUAUUGCGCUUUUAGCUGAAAUCAGUCGGAUUCAAACAAAAAGAAGACACAUUUAAACGCGUGUGAUGAGACAAAGGAACAAAGGAUGCCUUAGAGGAGAGGUUGCCUAUAUGCCUGGAAACCUCUUCAAAGCACACUGCCACAUGGAUCUAACACCACCCUCUGUCAUCUAUAGAUCAUGAUACUCGGCUGAAGCUAUUUCGCUAUCUUUAUGAUCCCUCCUCCAUCUAUGGCGAACUAUAGCCAUGCAGGAGACCACACCAUCUUGCAGAAUGUAUCUCCUCUUGCCACGUUCCUCAAACUGACCUCUUUGGGUUUCAUUAUUGGAGUCGGUGUGGUAGGGAACCUCCUGAUAUCCAUCCUGCUGGUCAAAGACAAGAGCCUUCACCGAGCACCCUACUAUUUUCUGCUGGACCUGUGCGCCUCUGAUAUUCUGCGUUCUGCCAUCUGCUUCCCCUUUGUCUUCACCUCAGUAAAGAAUGGAUCUGCCUGGACCUAUGGUACACUGACCUGCAAAGUGAUUGCCUUCCUGGGUGUGCUCUCCUGUUUCCACACAGCUUUCAUGCUGUUUUGUGUCAGUGUCACUCGCUACCUGGCCAUUGCACAUCACCGUUUCUACACCAAGAGGCUGACUUUCUGGACGUGUUUAGCUGUCAUCUGCAUGGUAUGGACGUUGUCGGUGGCGAUGGCGUUCCCGCCGGUUCUAGACGUAGGGACGUACUCUUUUAUCCGAGAGGAGGACCAGUGCACAUUUCAGCACCGUUCCUUCAGGGCAAAUGAUUCACUGGGCUUCAUGCUCCUGCUGGCACUUAUCCUCCUGGCCACACAGCUGGUUUACCUCAAACUCAUUUUCUUUGUCCACGACCGUCGAAAGAUGAAGCCUGUCCAGUUUGUGCCUGCCGUCAGCCAGAACUGGACCUUCCAUGGGCCAGGUGCCAGCGGACAGGCAGCCGCCAACUGGCUGGCUGGAUUUGGUCGAGGCCCCACCCCACCUACUUUGCUAGGCAUCCGACAAAACAGCAACGCAGCAGGCCGCAGGCGUCUAUUAGUAUUGGAUGAAUUCAAAACAGAGAAGAGGAUUAGUAGAAUGUUCUACAUCAUGACGUUUUUCUUCCUGGCUCUAUGGGGGCCCUACCUGGUUGCGUGUUACUGGCGGGUUUUUGCAAGGGGCCCUGUAGUUCCUGGAGGCUACCUGACAGCGGCCGUAUGGAUGAGCUUUGCCCAAGCUGGGGUCAAUCCCUUCAUCUGCAUCUUCUCCAACAGGGAGCUUCGGCGCUGCUUCAGCACCACACUCCUCUACUGCAGAAAAUCCAGGUUACCAAGGGAACCCUACUGCGUUAUAUGAUGGUUUUGCUAUCUUUUUCUUUUUGUUUUAAUUCUCAUCUAUGUCUCUAUUACCCUGAUUGAUCUUGAUCUGGGCGUGUGCCCAUUGUACAGCGCACUCUCUCUUUUUAUCUCUGUUCUCUUCAUCCUCCAGUUUUCUCCUGCCCUUCAUUCUCCUACUAACCCUUCUUUGUGCCAGUCAUGUGGCUCUGCUGGGGUGAUUGAAUAUGAAAAGUCUGACACACAUGGAGGCUGAAGGGAAUGGGAAUAUGCAGGAGGUGUGGAUUCCCUCCUGUGUUUAUGUUCUAGUAAACAGACAUUGUGGAAGGCCAUGCCAUUGCAGAGAAGCAAAAAGUUUGAAAAAAAAAAGAACAAAUGGUGAAAAGAAAACCUCCUUUGCUUUGGAUAUUUAGAAGAUGCGUUACUCUGUGAUGUGUGAAAUACAAAUGAAAAGAAAAAAGAACAUUACACAACAACAACAAAAAAAGAUACCUCUCAAGGAAUCACUGGAAAUGUUUUACAUUUAAAGAGUUGCACUAAAAAGAAGAUGUAAAGAUGCUAUUUUUUUUCUUUUUACCUCUUUGGUCAACAGUUGCCAGCUGCAUUGCAAGGACAACGUUUUUCUUUCCCUUUCUACCCCCAAACUAAAAAAAAAAAAAAAAGAUGAAUGCUUUAAUUUGCAACAGACUACACAACCGCUGUAAGUAGAGCAAAACUUGGUGACUGUUGGGAUACACCGAGAGGAUAAAAUGGUUUUAAUGUAAGUGAUAUCUUUUUCAUUUACUGGGCGGGGGCUUAAUGGGGAUUUACAAUGUGUGGUUUUUGAAGUUGCAACUUAAAAUUAGAAAUAAUUUCUUGUAGUUUUACAACCCAUAUGUCCCUAGUGUCUGACACUGUUAUUUUCUUAACACCUUUUACAAAAAAAAAAAAAAAAAAAGAAAAAGAAAAAGAAAAAAAGAGC